UUUAGAAAGAAACUUCAAGAUGAGUGGAAGAGGCAAAACCGGCGGAAAGGCUAGAGCAAAGGCGAAGACCCGCUCGUCCCGUGCCGGGCUCCAGUUCCCGGUGGGUCGUGUCCACAGACUGCUGCGUAAAGGAAACUAUGCCCAGCGUGUCGGUGCCGGUGCCCCCGUCUACCUGGCGGCUGUGCUGGAGUACCUGACCGCUGAGAUCUUGGAGCUGGCAGGAAACGCUGCCCGUGACAACAAGAAGACCAGGAUCAUCCCCCGUCACUUGCAGCUGGCUGUCCGCAACGACGAGGAGCUCAACAAGCUGCUGGGCGGUGUGACCAUCGCGCAGGGCGGUGUGCUGCCCAACAUCCAGGCCGUCCUGCUGCCCAAGAAGACCGAGAAGGCCUCCAAGAAGUAGAGGCUCCCCAAGGACCCCCUAAAACCACAACGGCUCUUUUAAGAGCCACACA